UGUCGGUUUGAAAUGACUGUUGAAUAGUAUGCAUAUAUUGGCACUGACUGCCCGCAGAGGCCUGCGUGCUGAGAGGCGAGGCCAAAAAAGUCAAAUUAGCAUUUCAAAAAUCUUCUCUGCUACCAAACAUUGGAUUCAAAUACGUUGAAGUUGAUCCAAUUGAAGCCAUCCUGGAGAAGAUUGGAUGUGGCCAUCUCACGCAAUCGUUCAAGGAUGACAUGAUUACAGUAGAUCAAGUGGAACAUUUGACUGUUGAAGACUUUCAACAUCUUGGAGUCAUCUCAAUGGGGAUCCGGAUAAGAAUUUCCCAAGCAUGCCGCAACUAUUUGAAAGCACAGAAAGGUGACAUAUCUCCUUGCAUAAAGAAAUUCAUGGAUAUUCAAAACAGGAGAAAGGUCAGGAGGAAAUCCCCAAAAAAAGAUGUGAAGACGAAACUGACCCGUAGGUUAUAUGUUGGGUGGAAACACGAGGUCCGCCAGGGGAUUUACAAGCUUGUCUCUGCAAGCAAGGGUGGGGGCCAGCAAGUGCUGGACCUUCAUCGAGAUACAAGCAAAGCAGAGCUUAUGAGAGAGGUUCUGACACUUUUCUUUCCUGGAGGUCAGUCAUUGGCCCAAAACGUAACUUCUGAUGAAGUUAACUAUCACUUGGCCUCGUUCUCUGGCGCCCCUAUUCCAGACAUGGAUGGAGAGGGAGGGUUUACUGUUGGCAAAUAUGUUAGUCAUAUUAAGACCAGUCCCAUCAGGAUUUAUUUGCAUACUCAAAAGAAAACUGAUGACUUGAGUGAUCUAGAUCUACCUUCAUUGUCACGAACGAGACCAAGUCAAUCAAACUCAAGGGAAUCCACAUCCAGUGAGCUCCAACAAGAUGCCGAACAUUUUGAAUCAAGUGCGAAGGAGGAAACAACAGAGGGAAAUGAAUUCCUUAUUAUUCCGCCUCUACCUGACAUAAAAUCUGACAGUUCCAGCGAUUUUGAGGACAGUGGCACUCCAACAGUGUCUUUCAACAGAAGGCCUGGGAGAACCACGAGGCUGAUAGACAGUGAAAACUUGUGUAAUAGCCAAUCAGAACAACUGCCAACAGUAUAUGGACUGUCACCUACAUCUACCUGUAGUACCACCAUGCCACUAUCCUCUACUGAUAUACAGAGAGUCAGCCAUUCGUCCACAUCUGCAGCUACAUCUACCUUCAUCGGUACAGAACUUGAAAAAGAAAUGGAACUUGCCAUGGAAACAAGUUUAGGAACACCGACUGAUCUGACUAUGGAAGGUAUUUUAUCAUGGUGGAAGAAACAAUCCCUCGUUUUAGUUGAAAAUCCAUGUGAAAUAGUCAUCAUGAGGUCAGAUUUGUUAAAGUCUGCCCUAAGAGUCAUGAGAAGGGAAUCCUUCAACUUUUGUGAGCCAUUUAAAGUAACUUAUAGUGGCGAAGAUGGUGAUGAUCUUGGAGGACCAAGAAGAGAAUUUUUGAGAGGUCUUAUGGCAGAGAUAUGUGGGAAAAUUUUUCAGGGUCAGGAAGGGCAGAAAUUUUUUCGGCAUGACCUUGAAAAAUUAUCUCAAGGAUUCUAUGAACUGGCAGGCAAACUGGUUGCCUUUUCCCUCCUCCAUGGUGGGCCAGGUAUACCAGUUCUCCAUCCAGCUGUUGCAAAUGUUGUGUUAGAUGGAGAGGUUGCUAUGGAGACAGAAACAUUGCCCUUGUUGGAGGAUUGUAUCUUCGACUGGGAAACCAGAGAGAAAUUAAUUCUGCUGCAGAAUACACUUGAUGAAAAGCAGUACCACAAUCAACUGGAUACAAUCAGUGACUGGUGCUUGGAACAGAGUUUGUCUAUCUCUAAUUUUAGACAUUUUGAGAAAAAACAACAACUAAUGGACAUCCUCAAAAAAAAUGAAAUUUUCUACCGAGUCCAGUCAGAAUUUGUUCAGUUCAGGAAUGGAUUGAACAAAGUGGGAAGACUGCUAGAUGCAGUCCAACUGGCCCCAAAGUCUUUUCUUCAACUCUUCACCCAGACCAGCAAAGCUCUACGGUUCAGAGACAUCAGGGAGCUUUACAAGGUGAAUUGGAGUCCUGAUGGAUCCAACAAUAAGAGGCAGGAGGAAAAGGCUUUGUAUUGUCUAGAAGCUUUUCUUGCCGAUUCAGAAGGGGGAUCCACAGGGAUUUCAUUAGACGAGGUGUUAUCCUUUUGGACUGGAGCAGCAAGCAUUCCUCCACUAGGAUUUGAAAAAUCUCUGGAAGUGUCCUUUGGAAGCACUAAACAAUUUCCAACAGCCCACACCUGUGCCCUUAUAUUAACAAUAUGGCGUGGUUUCGAUGAUCCUGACGAGUUUCAGGAUACAAUUACAAAAGCAAUAAAAUGGGCAGGAGGUUUUAAUCUUGUUUGACAAUCAAAACGUUUUCAUGACAGCAAAGUUUCUUGGAUUUUAAAAUUGUGUUCAAGGCUUUCAUUGCAUGUUGUGCCAAUUUCUUUAGAUGUAUAGCAGCUAUCCUCAAGUGAAGAACAUUUAUUUAGACCCCUGCCAGUGAAACUGGAGAUCAAUGUAUUUGACUCCGUCGUCUGUCUGUUUGUCCGGAAGUUGGCUUCCUGGCAAAACUUGAGUGAGAAGUGAUGAAUGAUACAAAGUGGGAUUGAAUCUGGUCAAAAUGUCAACUAUGAGAUCACUGUUACUGAAUAGACUUACUACUUAAUAGUUAUGUAUGGUCAAAUUGAUAACUUCAAUAUUAGUCGACUGAUCAAUAUUUUGUAAUGGCAUUAAGGGAAUUAUGAAGCAAAGUUUAUAAAAAACAAAUUGAGAAUCAACUGACCUGUGGUCAUGUAAAGGUGAAGGUCACUAGUUCAAGAUUAGAUUUCGCAUUUUGUGGAAGAUAAGAUUUUAAGACAUGAAAAAAAAAUGUAAGAAUGACACAAUAAGUCAACUAACCUAGGGUAAACAAGUGUUAUAACCUGUUGGUUGAAUCCCUCUACCCAACAUUAAAUUAGGAGACAAAUGUGUAUAGUUUGCAAUCUGAUUUCGCAUGUUGUCAUUUUCCAUAAGCUUUUCCUUUAAAAAUAGCUUUUAAAUGCUGGACUCAUUUCAAUUUAAUCAAAUGCGAUUAGGUUCAACGUGGUAAGACUGGAUAUAAUUUCAAUUACAUGCUAUUUUCAAUGAUUUAGAGAGUGUCUUCAGUUGUUUACAAGAAAGGAUGAACAUUAAUAUUCUGAGUGUUAGCUUCUUUCUUUGAUUGAUGU